AUGUCUGGAUGUGCUGUGUCAAUUUCUUGCAUCUUGGCCAAAACUGUCAUUGUGAUUCUCGCUUUCAUGGCCACCAAGCCAGGAUCCAAUAUGAGGACAUGGAUGGGGAAAGAUCUGGCCAGCUCCAUUGUUCUAUGCUUCUCCUUUAUUCAAGCCACCAUUUGCACAGUGUGGCUGGUAACUUCUCCUCCAUUCCCAGAUAUGGACAUGCACUCCAUGACUAAAGAAAUUAUACUGGAGUGUAAUGAAGGUUCCACUAUCAUGUUCUACUCAGUCCUGGGCUUUAUGGGCUUCCUGGCCAUUGUCAGCUUUGCUGUGGCCUUCCUAGCCAGGAAGUUGCCUGACAGCUUCAAUGAAGCCAAGUUCAUCACCUUCAGCAUGAUGGUCUUCUGCAGUGUUUGGUUGUCUUUUAUUCCAACCUACCUGAGCACCAAGGGGAAGUACAUGGUGGCUGUGGAGAUCUUCUCUAUCUUAGCCUCCAGCUUGGGGCUACUGGGUUGCAUCUUUUCCCCAAAAUGUUACAUCAUUUUGAUGAGACCAGAACUGAACAACAAAGAACAACUUAUGAGGAAAAAAGUAAAGCAUUUUAAGCCCAAAUAG